UCAUUGUUAUCUCAGAGACCGUGCACUUACACUACUAUAGCAUGUAUUAACUGUCGUAAAAAACAUAAAAAAUGUUCGGAAGCAGUUACUUGUACGAACUAUGCAAAACACAAUCUCGAAUGUAUUUUUACUAAUUCGGGCAAAAAACGUGGCCCAAAAUUCAAAUCUAAGGUGUGCACCUAUCCACAUUAUCUGAAUGCACGUGAUAAUAGACGACUACCCUAUGGAACACAGUUCUUUAUAAGCUCCACACAAGCUCACUCACAUGCACAAAAUGCCCAUCUCAUAUUAUCAGAAUAUUUUAAUAAUUUAAAUCAAGAACUCGGAACUUCACAGUCUAAUAGCUAUAAUGCUAUUAUCCAAGAAAUAGUUUUCCCUCCUCAAGCAGAUUUAAAUGCUGAAUAUACCGCAAAUAUAAAUAACCAAGAUACUAUGAAUAUUAAUUUUAUUGAUAACCUGUCACCUUUAUUGUAUAAUAGGGAGUUUUCUAAUUUAUCAAACAGUCAAUAUAAUGGAAUGCAGUUAUUCACCAUAGACUCUACUCAAGACAACUCUCCUGCAUAA